AUGGCGGGUAAUGCAGUAUACUUGAAAAACUCAUCCAUGGAGAAGAUCCACUACUAUGCAUCAGGACCCAAGACCACCUCUCCAACCCCCAUGGAGAGAGUUGGUGUAAUUAACACAAUCGCCAAGUUAGCCAAGACCUGCACCCUGCGCCUUACUGUCAGCAAGCUGUAUUUCAUUCUCUCCGAUAAAGUAGCAAAUGGAGGCGUCAGUAUGUGGUGUGAGCUGUGCCAGGGCAAUUUCUUCGAUGAAUUUCAGAUGGAAGGAGUAGCUGCAGAGCACAAUGAAAUCUAUUUAGAGUUGGUGCCUGACAACCUGUCGAGAGCAUUAAAAACUGCCCAGAGCGCUAAGGCAGUGAAGAUCAAGUUGACUAACAAACACUGUCCCUGUCUCAGAGUUGCUGUGGAGCUAAAAGAGGAGGUUGCAAGUGGAAUGCUGUUGCUGUGGAGUAUACUACUGGUCAGUAUUUACCUGCCGGUGCUGAAAACAAUGAAGAGUGUUGUGGAGAGAAUGAAGAAUCUCAGCAAUUCCAUUGUGAUUGAAGCAAACUUGAGUGGAGAAAUGAACUUGAAAAUAGAAACUGACUUAGUAUCUGUAACAACACAUUUUAAAGACUUGGGAAAUCCUCCCUGGGCAUCAGAGGACGGAUGUCAAAGUUCUGCUCAAGGCAGAGAUCUGGAAAACAUGGCUGAGGCACGCAUAGACAUCAAGAAGCUGCAGCAGCUGCUUGCUGGACAGCAGGUCAAUCCCACAAAAGCAUUGUGCAAUAUUGUAAGUAAAAGAAUUGUCCACUUCAUCUUGCUCCAUGAGGAUGUUUCGCUUCAAUAUUUUAUUCCGGCACUUGCCUGAAUGUUUUGGAAUCUUGGUCAUUUUCCAACCUGAGGCCUUUUCCACAAAGUCUGAAAACUUUCAUGAGUUGCUGGAGUACUCACUCUCAUGUGAUACAAUGUUAGAUGCAGCCAUCAGAUGGACAUUAUCUCCAUAUGUAUGAAAUUAUUCAAAAUAUCUCCUCAUCCAGAAGGCCAUUUUUGUGAAGAGUUACAUGCUAUGAAAGACACAACGCUGGGGAGCUGGCAUAUCUGAGCGUUACGGGGAGCAAAACUGAAAUUUGUAUGUGCUUUUGGGAUGCUUUGAGCUGUGGGGAAGGCAACGUAAUAUUUUUUUUUUUCUUGUCAACAAACAUAAAGGUAGAAUUGACCUCUGGAGCUGCUGCUGGGUGUAUUCAGUAUUGGACAAUGCAGCUCCAAGUUAAGGGAUCUCCAAGCAAGCUGUCAUACCUCCAUGGAGCAGGAGAGCCCUCUGGAGGGUUGACAGAUGCGUAUUUGCCUGGGCAGGUAAGCACAGCCCUCCUGAAGUGGUACUGGAUUGACUUCUGUUCCAGCAGCGAUGUAUAUGGACUUGAUGCUGCCGCACGUUGUGCAGCAGAAAUGUGUCUGAGGCAGAGGAGCUUCCUGUGGCUGCCAGCAUGUAACGGGAUGUAACACGCUAAGGAGCACUUUCAGCUCAGCAGCAUCUGUUUGUACCUGUUUGUAUCUUUUGAUCUGACUUGCUCCAACAUACCUUAGUAGUUCUGUUAGUGCUUGAACUGGUGUGUUUAGCUCUUGGCCUAAGAGGAUGAGAUAAACAGUCUGAAUUACCUUGUUAAUGUUGGCAGCGAAGGUCUGUAUCUACGUACAGAAUGAAUAUCAUAUGAGGACAUGUGUGAACACAGCAAUUGGUGUAAAAUAAAGGGCAAGUUAUCUGUG